CUCAGUGCGCGCCUGUUCCAGCAUCUAGGUCAAAAUCCAUGUACCGAAAAAAAACCUAGUUUCGUUUUAAAUUUUUAGAAAAUAAAUACUGGCGUAGUACGUGUCUGUUAUCUUAACAGACAGGAAUAUCUGGUAUAAUAAUAAUAAUAUUACAGGUAUAUUUGAAGGGGUAACGCUAUUUCAAUGCACAUGUAUGGUCGCAUAAAAUCAAACUGAAGGCAGAUGCCAACAUUUUUCAUCAUUUACAUCCGCCAAGCUUAUUAAAGAAAGAUGGGAACGUGUUGUUAACAGCUGAAGUUUUUGUUCAGAAAAGGGAAUAUUGUUUAUAAUCGUGUCUACCUUCACUUUCAGCGGAUCUGCUAGCAGCAAUGACUGGAAGGUUGACAGAGAAAGACAUGGAUCAACUAGAAAAGUGGAUAAAUACAGGCCCUAAAAGUUUUACACUCCUUUACGCUAUCUCUCGGGAUGGAUGCAGUCCAGAGUCUUUCCAUAGAAAGUGUGACAAUCAAGGGCCAACUGUAACUGUUAUACAUAAUCAGCAAGGGUCAAUAUUCGGCGGGUACACGCGUGUUAGCUGGCAAAAUGUUGAUCAAUAUUUUCAAGAUAACACCGCCUUCCUUUUCCAGCUGCAGUUCAAUGACAAAACAAGUUACAGAAAAUUUCCAGUUGUUGAUGCAAGUUGUGCGACAUUCAGUUAUACAACUGGACCAACAUUCGGUGACGGUCCUGACCUUCGUACGUUCACCAGUGUUGUCUAUAACUCCGGCGGCAAUUUUGCUCUCAAUGGAUGUAUGAAUGUUGGAUGUAGUUACGAUGUACAGGAGAUACACUCGGAUCAGAUAAACAACGGCAACAUGAAUGCCACUGAACUUGAAGUAUAUAAAGUAACCGAUGAUCAAAGAGAGAAAAAGAAUAUCCCUAAACCAUGGAGAAACACUUCAGACUGGAAUAGAAAGUUCCUCGAGGAGCUGAAAAGCGACAUUGCAACAUUUAAACCCAAUGCAGACCCGGAAGUCACAGCUACCCGGAUUCUGAUGAUCGGUCCAGUUGGAGCAGGGAAGUCGAGCUUCUACAACACAAUUGACACAGUUUUCCGUGGCCGGAUUACACAGCUUGCUUGCAGCGGUAGUGCAGAAAAAAGUCUUACAACAAACUAUACAACUUACACACUCAACGAUCAUCACGGUACACCGCUGCACUUCCGUUUAUGUGGCACACGUGGUAUGGAAGAACAAGCAGACCUCAAUGACACAGAAUGCAAUUAUUUGCUGAGUGGAAACGUCCCUAAUCAUUACAAGUUUGAUCCAAACUAUCAAAUAUCUUCAAGAACUAGAGGUUUUAUUCAUCGACCGACCGCCAAUGAUAGGGUCCACUGCGUGGUUUUUGUAUUAGAUGCAACGACGAUGGAUGUACUGUCUACAGACCUCCUAGAGAACAUGAAAGUGUUCCAAAGACUAGCAAAGGCCAAGGAAAUACCACAGACCAUUGUUCUUGCAAAAGUGGAUAGGCUAUGUAAGGACGUCAAGAAAGACAUUUCUUUUGUCCACACGAGUCAGAUCGUCGAACAGCACGUAGACAAGGCAUCUAAUCUCCUUGGCCUUCCACGUGCUAAUGUAUUUCCCUUGAAGAACUACGAGAAUGAAGUGCAACUUGAUGACAACAUUAGCAUUCUUGCUUUGUUAUCUCUGAGACAAAUGCUAUACUUUUCUGAAGACUACACAAGUAUCCGCCUUGAAAAGCAAAGGGCAGAAGCAGAACUAGCAAGAUGGAAGCUGCCAGAAUGUAGAAUUAUAUAGGCUGAUAGCAAAUGGAAAAAUAAAUUCAUAAGUACUGUUGUAUACGUACUGGUCAUUAACUUAUAUGUGACACUUCUCCAGUUACAUUUAGGUUCGAAAAAUACUUUCAAAUCAAGCAUUCUCUUCGACUAGUAUGAUGUUUUCCAUCAAGACUAUUUGAUAUUUCAAAUAUCUCUUAAGUAAUAUAUCAAUCAUGAAGAUACUUUGAAAAUUUGUGACAUUUUAAGACAUCUUGGUACUGGAAGGUACUGAGCCACAUAUUGCAUGAGUUAUAUUGUGGUGUUCUCACAGUCUGUAGUAUUAUUACCCCAAACCACGUUUACCAUGUACUUAAUUGAUUGUUAUAGGCCGGUUAUGUUACUAGACAAAAUGUCUGAACCUGAAACUAAUUCUAACAUGAAGUUUUAUUGCUGAUUUAUAAUCUUUAGUUAAGUAUACAAUACAGGAAAAAGUUCUUAUAAGAAAUCCAAGUCAAACUCUGAAAAUUAGGUUAUUUAAGGGCAGCGUCCUUUAGUUUUUAAUUUCACAAAGAAUUGCAAAUUUAUCUACAAUAAAAUCAAUUAAACAAAAUAUUAGUAUCAUUUCUUCAUUCACAUGCAUGCAUUGCAUAAUAAAACAGUUCUAAAAGCAUAAAAAAAUGUCGUGACUGUUUAUGAAUUUCGGGCAAUUUUUGAUAUGAUCAAGUACCCCACCCAUCUGUAGUAACAUUGAGAAUCCCCUAUGAAUGUUUGUUUCUUGUUUCUUACUUUGAGAUACAUCAUGUUUGGUGUUUAUACCUUUUUAUAGCUCCAAUGCCGACGAGUCUGUUCUAGGAAUAUAUAUGUAUAAACUUG